CUCCGGCAGAAAUCCGGAGCUUCUUGUCGGGGAUUCACAGACUAAACACCGAUAGCUCGGCGCAUAGACAGGGUGGGAGUGAAAAGUGCACGAAGAUGUCGGAUUCAAAGGUAAAAGUUGCAGUGAGAGUUCGGCCCAUGAACCGAAGGGAAAUUGAACUGAAAACAAAAUGUGUCGUGGAUAUGGAGGACAACCAGACGGUGCUGCACCCCCCACCCUCAAAUGCAAAAGGAGACAACAGGAAACAAUCUAAGGUGUUCGCUUUUGACCACUGUUUCUGGUCCAUGGAUGAGUCCAACGUUCCCAAAUAUGCUGGUCAGGAGGUGGUGUUCAAGUGCCUUGGAGAGGGAAUACUUGAAAAUGCAUUCCAGGGAUAUAAUGCCUGCAUAUUUGCCUAUGGACAAACAGGUUCAGGCAAGUCCUUUUCCAUGAUGGGGAAUGGGGAGCAGCCGGGUUUAAUCCCUCGACUCUGCUGCUCGCUGUUUGAGAGGGUCCACAGAGAGGAGAACGAGGGCCAUACUUUCAAGGUGGAGGUGUCCUUUAUGGAGAUCUACAACGAGAAGGUCCGUGACCUGCUCGAUCCCAAAGGGAGCCGACAGUCCCUGAAGGUUCGGGAACACAAAGUCUUGGGUCCAUACGUGGAUGGUCUGUCUCAGCUGGCUGUGACCAACUUCGAGGACAUUAAUGUGUUAAUGUCAGAGGGGAACAAAUCUCGCACAGUCGCAGCCACCAACAUGAACGAGGAGAGCAGUCGAUCACACGGCGUGUUCAGUAUCAUUGUCACACAAACGCUUUAUGAUCUACAGUCCGGGAAUUCAGGGGAGAAGGUGAGCAAGAUGAGUCUGGUUGACCUGGCAGGAAGCGAGCGAGUGUCUAAGACUGGAGCUGCUGGAGAGAGACUCAAAGAGGGCAGCAAUAUUAACAGGUCUCUCACUACGUUAGGCUGUGUGAUUUCUGCUCUGGCGGAUCAGUCUGCAGCAAAGGGGAAGGUCAAGUUUGUGCCAUACAGAGACUCAGUCCUCACCUGGCUGCUGAAGGACAACCUCGGCGGCAACAGCAAGACAGCCAUGAUAGCCACGGUGAGUCCCGCAGCUGACAACUACGAGGAGACUCUUUCCACGCUGCGCUAUGCAGACCGAGCCAAGAGGAUCGUCAACCACGCCGUGGUGAACGAAGAUCCCAACGCUCGGAUCAUAAGAGAGCUCAGGGAAGAGGUGGUGAAGCUCAAAGUUCAACUCUCUCAAGCCGAGUCAUUGAAGGCUCCUGAGCUAAAGGAGAAACUGCACGAGUCUGAGAAACUCAUUCAGGAGAUGACUGUCACCUGGGAGGAUAAACUCAGAAAGACAGAGGAGAUUGCCACUGAACGCCAGAAGCAGCUGGAGAGCAUGGGCAUCUCUCUGGAAACAUCAGGGAUUAAAGUGGGUGAAGACAAGUGUUUCCUGGUCAAUCUCAAUGCUGAUCCUGCCCUAAAUGAGCUACUGGUCUACUAUCUGAAGGAGCACACGCGUGUGGGCGCAGACACGUCUCAGGACAUCCAGCUCUGUGGGAUCGGGAUCCAGCCGGAGCACUGCGUCCUGGAGCUCUGCCCAGAUGGUGAUGUCACCCUGAUGCCCAUAGGGAAUGCCAGGACCUGUGUGAACGGAUCAAUGAUUGAGUCUUUGGUGCACCUGUGGCAUGGAGAUCGCAUCUUAUGGGGCAACAAUCACUUCUUCAGGAUUAACCUGCCAGCACGAAAGCGGCGGGACCGUUUAAAGGAGCUGGACAGAGCUUCCCCCAGAGAGAGCUUUGUUGAGGCCGAUGUGGAGACCGCCAGCGAGGCGUCUUCUGAGCAGGACUACAGCUAUGAGUUUGCUCAGAUGGAGGUCAUAAUGAAGACUCUGGGGAACAAUGACCCCAUGCAGAAUGUGGUCCAGGUGCUGGAGAAGCAGUACCUGGAGGAGAAGCGUACGGCUCUGGAGGAGCAGAGAGUGAUGUAUGAACGAGAGCUGGAGUCGCUACGGCAACAGCUCACUCCUGAGAAAAUGCCGCAACACCACCGCAGCAGCAGCGAGCGCCUCGCCUUCCCGAUGCACACACCACACAGCAAACUGCGACUGUGGACGGAGGAGCGGGAUGAGCUUUUUCGACAGAGUCUUUCUCGACUCAGAGAGCAGGUCGUGAAAGCCAACACCUUGGUGCGAGAAGCCAACUUUUUGGCAGAGGAGAUGAACAAACUGACUGACUAUCAGGUCACCCUUCAGAUUCCUGCGGCCAACCUCAGCGCCAACCGCAAGCGUGGAGCAAUAGUGAGCGAGCCGGCAAUUCAGGUGCGGAGAAAAGGGAAGGGGACCCAGGUGUGGACCAUUGAGAGGCUAGAAAAUAAACUGGUGGAUAUGAGAGACCACUACAGGGACUGGAAGGAAGGCACAGAGGAGAUGUAUAACAAAGCCAACAGUAAGCACUGUGAUCCAUUCUAUGAGGCGCAAGAGAACCAUAACCUGAUAGGAGUGGCCAACAUUUUUCUGGAGUGUCUUUUCCAUGAUGUGAAACUGCAAUAUGCAGUCCCCAUCAUCAGCCAACAAGGAGAGGUGGCAGGGAGGUUGCACAUUGAGCUGAUGCGAGUCAGUGGAGUCGUACCAGAGCGCCUGUCUGGGGGAGACGACUCGUCAGAGAACUCCAGUGAGAGUAGCUGCUAUGAGGUGAUGGACACCAACGGGGAGAUCGUCCACAUAGCCAAGAGGCUGACCUGCAGGGUGCGGAUCAGGGAGGCCACAGGUCUGCCACACAACCUGUCCAACUUUGUCUUCUGUCAUUACACCUUCUGGGAGCACGGUGAGCCCACUGUGGCUCCUCCCAUGGUCAGCCCAGACAUACCGUCCACUCGAAGCCCAGAUGGUCAGUUUACUGUCCAGUUUGAUCACUGCAAGGACUACAUUGUGCAUGUGACGGAUGAGUUUUUGGAGUUUAUAUCAGAUGGAGCAUUGGCCAUAGAAGUGUGGGGUCACCGCUGUGCCGGUAACGGGCGGUCACUCUGGGAGUUAGACGCACUGGAGGCCAAGACCCAGACGCUCCGCGACAGGUGGAGUGAGGUGUCUCGCAGGAUUGAGCUGGUGAUCUCCAUCCAGGAGCUGAAUGAGCAGGGAGAGUACUCAGCUGUGGAGCUGCAGCCUGGGAAAGACAUCAGCACAGGAGGCGUCUUCCAACUCCGGCAGGGUCACUCCAGGAGGCUGCAGGUUUGUGUGAAGCCGGUCCAGAACUCUGGCACUCUGCCUCUGCUGGUGGAGGCUUUGAUGUCUGUCUCUAUCGGCUGUGUGUCUGCUCGCUCCACCAAACUACAGAGACCCCUUGACAGCUACCAGAGAGAGGAGGAAGACGAUAUGGAUAGUUAUCAGGAGGAAGAUCUCAACUGUAUUCGAGAGCGCUGGUCUGAGGCACUGAUCAAACGUCGGGAGUACCUUGAUGAACAAAUCAAGAAAAUCAUCAACAAACAAGAGAAGUCAGAGGAGGAUAUUGAGCGUGAGGCUCGACUAGUGGAGCAGUGGGUGGGUCUGACUGAAGAAAGAAACGCAGUGCUGGUACCUGCACCUGGCAGUGGCAUCCCUGGAGCUCCUGCAGACUGGAACCCACCUGCAGGAGUGGAAGCUCAUGUCCCUGUACUCUUCCUAGAUUUAAAUGCGGAUAAUCUGACAGUAAAUGAGCAGCUGACCGGCCCUCAUGCUGCGGGCCUCAACUCUAUACUGCCCAAAGAGCAUGGGAGCCAGUUCUUCUAUCUGCCCAUCAUCAGGCACAGUGAUGAGGAGGUGUCGGCAGUGUGUUCCUGGGACUCAUCCAUCCACGAUUCUGUGCACCUCAACCGCAUCACGUCUCCUAACGAACGCAUUUAUCUGAUCAUCAAAGGCACUGUGCAGCUCAGCCACCCUGCCUCCAUGGACCUGGUGCUCCGCAAGAGGAUCGCUGUCAACAUCUACAACAAACAGAGUUUCACUCAGAGUCUCAAGAGAAGAAUGUCCUUAAAGAACCCGCUUUAUUCCUGCAGUGUGACUUAUGAGAUUGUUUCCAACAUACCAAAGGCCUCAGAGGAGCCAGAGGAAAGGGAAACCUUGGCCCUCAUGGCUGCUCGGGCAGACAGCGAGGAGACUCAGGAUGGAGAAACCUACAUAGAGAAGUAUACACGGGGAGUUCUGGAAGUGGAGAACAUCCUUAGUCUGGAGAGGCUACGACAGGCUGUCACAGUGAAGGAAACGCUCACUUCCAACAGACGACACCUAAGAAGGAGUAUCAGCACACCAAAUGUACAGCAUUCUUCGUGUAGUAAAACAGACCUGACUGGUUGUGAGGAUGAAGACUGCAAGGGCUACUGUGAUCAUGUUGACAACACCAACUGGAAUCCCCCAGAGGGCUCACUUUGUACCACACCCAUCAAGGGCAAGGAGAAUCCAGGUUUGGUUCUAGAGAGCCCUACGUGUUUCAACUCCAGCCCUUUCAAAGUCCUCUCCCCUCAGCCGCCUAAGUUCCUCAAGUCCCUGCUGCCGGUUAAAGAGGAGAAUAAGGUGAAGAAAGUCCUUGAGGCCCGACCGCUGCUUGGACAAGAGAGCAUGCGCUCAUGUGUGGACAGCCCUGCACUGCUCCCCCCUCCCUGCCCCUGGCGCCGGCCCAGGGCAGGCAGCGAGGGCCACUGCAAGCCUUCCACCUCCACCUCCACCUCCACCACUCCCACCAGCAGACAGCUCUGCCACACACUGCCACACACUGCUCAGGACUCUGAGGACGAGGAGGCGUAUGUGGACAUGACUCGGAAUCUCGACCAGUGCCUGCAGCCUUACAUCCCAGAGGACUUUGCAAACUUCGAGAUCUACAACGCCAGUCUUGAGAACCAGGAGGAGCUUUUAUCCUCCCGGUCUGACUUGAAGGGAAGCCGAUGUGGAGAGAGAGAGGUGCCUCGAAGCCCCACGGCCAGCAGUUGCACUAGUGGCUACUUUUCACACAGCGCCUCCAACGCUACACUGUCUGACAUGCCUUUCAGUGCCAGUGAGAGCUCGGACCACCUCAGCUGCACCUCCAGAGACCCCCACGAGCCCCUCGGCUGCACCGCUGGAAGAGGCUGCACACAAACCAAAAGUGAUUCUGCAGGGAGUGACACCCAGCUGCCUCUCCUCUCAGCGGGCGGGGUUCAGGAGGUGCUCAUCCACCCUGCCUUCUCGCCUGUCGGUAUCCCUAAUCACAGAGACAAGCAGCAAACAUGCCCUCUGCCGCACAACUGUGUUCUCAGUGCCAGCCAGGAGUUCACUGACUUUAAAGGGGCUGAUGAUAGUAUUGGAGAAAGUAAUUUAGCACAUUUUACAAGUGGAUGGGAGAAGGAGGUUUUGGACAAAGAAACAUGUGACUCUGGCAAUCAGCACUCCUCUGAUGUCUCUGGUAUUAUCGACACAUCUGUUACUGAAGACAAUUCAACUGCAACAUGCACAUUUACAAAUAAUGCAAGCUCUGUGUGUGUAGCUGUAUCCUGCACAAACACACCUGUAGUCUGCACUUUAGCCAGAGCCCUAGCAUCUGUGCCUGACAUAGUACCAGCUCCAUCUACUGCAGCACCAUCCCCAGUCCCAUCUUUAUCUACAGCCCCGUCCUCUGCCCCGAGUCUGCGAGCGGGAGGAGAACCUCCAAUUGAGGAGCCGGCCCAGGGAGACCUGCCCCACGGGAGCCCCUGUCCCAGCCCAAACCCCAGCAGCGCAGAGCCUUCCGGAGAUUCCAGUGGAGAUGAGAGCACCCCUGUAGCUCAGCUUCCUGACUGGAUGGCACCAGGCGAGCAGGUGUGGGUGGGGAAGAGGAGAGGAACAGUCCACUAUGUCGGAGGGGUGGAGUUUGCUAAGGGAAUCUGGAUUGGUGUGAAGCUGGACAUGGCAGUGGGUAAGCACAAUGGGACUGUCCAGGGCAGAGUGUACUUCCGCUGUCCCCCAGGUCACGGUGUAUUUGUGAAGCCAUCCCGUCUCACCAGAGGACCGCCCUGCAUGGACACAGAACCCCAGACUUUGAUUAGAUAGAACCCAAAGAAGGACCUGCUGGGUCCCGAGGGUGCUCCUCAGAUCCAGUGCCUCUGGGUGAACCGCAGACGGACUUCAGCGUGGCUCCCCUCCCUGGAAUGGAGAUGCUUGUGUAUUCUGUGGGCGUGUCUGCUUUCCUAAAGCAUAUCUGACCUCUGCAUUUAAUGAAGGUAUAUUCUAAUUACUGUUCACUGAAAAUUCACUAUGCACAUAUCUGAGUUUUCUAUACGGGGAUAUUUUUGAUAGAGAACUUAAAUAUUACCCAAAUACAUUUUCUUACAUUGGUUUCUGAACAUUAUAAAUAAUAUUUUUGUAAGACAAUGCAUCCUUAUGAGGCUCAUGUUGGAGUUAUCUGGGAUAUGAAAGUUAAGAAUGUACUACUGUUUAUAAACAUUGAUAUUUACAUCAAUAUGAUCUGUCAGGGGUAACCAAAGAACUACGGUUCCAUAUCUGCUGUUAUGAGUAUUAUGUUAUUUUUCUAAUGCGUCUAUGUGGAGUUAAACACUAUAUAUCUAUGUGUCCAAGUAAAGCUUAGUGCCAUAUCUCUAGGAGUAAUGCCACAUACCCUGAACAGAGGACACAUCUGCUAAACCUGAGUUGCUUUCAUGUUGUAUCAUGUUAAAUUAUCCUGUUGAAGUUAUGUAACACUGUGGGAAAUAAUCCCCAUCCAGCAUGAGACUGUUGCUGUUUGAAUGCUUGCACUGGAAAGGAUUCUCGGAGAGUGUGCCUACUGUCUUCCAUAUUGGACUGAUGAGAUGUGUUCUAACACAAGUGACUGAGAUUUUCAUCGGAACACAGCAGCUGAGCGUUGUUCAAGGCCUGGAUGUACUGAUGCCUUAAAGCCCUGUUUCCAUAAAGGCAGGCAAAUAAAGCCCAGAAUGCUCAAUGAACACCAUAACGAACUGUAUGGACCUGAAACCUGUGUAUGUAUAUUAUGAUGCCCAGAGGCAUUCAAAAUGCCACCCAGUCUUGCUGACUGACCGACGAUCUGUUUUAUUGAUUUACCAUCUGCAUUUUAUAUGUAAGUUGAUAUAUAACACUACAUGUUAAAGGUACUUAAUAAUGCUUUUUAUUAAAAGAAGGAUUGGAUGAAUGGGUGAUUGACGAUAUCAGGUUACAGAAGAAGGAGAAAAAGUAGUUUAGUUAUGAAGAAAAGCUGUCCUAUGAACUUCUAUUUUUAUGGAAGUGGUGAACUGUGGAACUGGCUAGUUAUAAACCCGAGCUGUAAUUGAAACGAACCAGGACCCUAUUUUAAAGAAGAGAACAAAGCUGCUCUCCCUCACAAGGAGUUGUAAAUAGAAAUGUAUUUGAACAUAGUAUUUACACUAUUAUAAUGUACAGAAUUGUAUUUAUAAUGUAUCACAAAC